CGCGAGACAUUUCAUCGAACAGCUGGCGCUGGUCAGGCACCUCGCGCGGACAUCUGGAGCGCUACAUAUCCACGCAAUGUGCCAGACGGCCCGGCGUUUCCUUUCUUCAAACUCACCGAUAGUUUACGCUUUCGUCUCCUCGUCCUCCCUUCCAAAAGCCACCACGCGGGCCUGUCGAUUCGAGGCCAACAGCUCAUGAAACCCUAAUUAUUUGAAGUGAUUGGCUUCUUGUUUACUCAAGUUUCUUAGUGUCAGUUCGGUGGGCAUUGAAAUGCUCAGGUGAUGGAUGAAAGGGAGAUACAGAUUUCAUCUGAAAUCCGCGAUGAAGAGAUGCCGUCUAGGUACGAAAUAUUGAGUAUGGUGAGAAAAUACUCCAAAUUGUCAGAAACAACAUUAGAAGAACAAGAUGCUUCUGAUGCUGAAAUGGAUGAAAGGUUUUGGUACAAACUAGUUGAUAUGUACUUUGUUCGUGGUACUACAUCAGAAGAAAGGCAGAUGGAUGACCUCAUCUUUUUUGUUAGAAACAUGGGCCUGAAUGGAUAUAGUUUCAAAGGUGAUUUGGAGAGCGAAGCUCCUUUUUUUGUCCGUAGAUUGGCUCCCAAGUUAGAAAAAGUCCUUGGUGAUGAUCCUAUACAUGUUGAUUGGAGGCGUUCAUUCUAUUUGAAUUUUGUUGCUCACACAUCAUACACGGUGACUGUUGCCAUCUGCAGCAAUCAGGCUCUACGCAGCUACCAAAGUGGGGAGGAUACAUCAUUAUCUCCUAUAUACAAGGACUUGCCACUUGCUCUAUUACAGGUUGUGAAGACUGUCUAUGCAUCUCCUAGCCGUGUCAACUUUCAACUGGGCUUUAAAAAGGCUGUGGAAACUCUGCCCGCCUACCCUAAUAUUUGCUUUGCAAUUGAUGAUUUUGAUGACACUUUUGAUGCUGUUGUUUUGUCAGAAUCAGAUCAUUGCUAUUGUGUGCUGCUUAAUGCACAUGGUGGAGCAGCUUUUCCUGAUAACUCAUCUGUACAUGAAACUAACUCUUAUUGCUCUCCCAAAGAUUGUAAUUCUGAUAAAGGCAUGCUUCCUAAGCUUACUCUUUUUUCUGGAUUUGUCAGCUAUCAGAUGGUACUAGAAGCAUAUGAAGCUGGAAGGACAUCCUUUGGGAGCAUUUUAUCUCUUGGCAGUGCUUCAUCUAAAACAGACCGCCUUUACAUGAGGGGUCCAGGUGGGCGUGGGGAAGUGGAAGUGGCUGUUUCUGGAAUCACAGAUCAAAGUCAACAGAUUUUUGGUCCCCAUUCACCACUUCAAAUUUCAAAAAGGAGUUUUGGGCUUGGCAACAUUGUCAAAGCAGCUUCUGCUGCAUCUGUGUUAGCGAAACAAGCUUGUACUGCUGCCUCUACGAUGAAGAAGCCUGAUAAAGAGCUUUUGCCCCUGAAGUGCUGCCUAAUGUCCAUAUCAUUGCCGUGGGAGUUCAUUGCUCACGACCUUUUGUUUAAGGCAAGCUCUCCAGUAAAAUUAUGACACAGUUGAAAUGCCUUCAGCGUCAUCAUUCCCUUUGUAUGAGAGCAUUCUUUUAGAAUAUUACAUGUACAUAGCUUCUACUUUUCUACUUUGUGCUUGCUUCAGUUCGCUCUGUUAUUUUUUUUUUUUUAAAUUUGUUGGGGGUUUCUGGGAUUUGUUGUGUUUCGACCUCAUUGCAUCAGUUAUAUUUAAGUAAUAAAAAAAAAAAUAGAUGUGUAUAUUUGUGGCUAUAAAAAUUCUUGAAAAGUAAGUGAAGGAAAAAAGCUUCUUUUUCUUUA